AUGAAAGGCAAAAAAAUAUUAGAAACAUGGCUUUUAAAGAUUGUUCGUGUAACACUUUCAGAUUCUCGAAUAUUUAUCGGAAAAUUCGUCUGCGUAGGUAAACUUAAAUGUGUUGUUCUAGAUAAAGACGGAACAAUGAUUCUUUCUAAUACACAAGAAUUUAACAAGGGUGAUUGAUUGGUAUAAGUCUAUCAACAAUAUUUAACCGAGGAUCUUUAUAGGG